CAUCCGCAAUUGAAACACAUUUCUUGAGGAAAAUUUAAAUAGUGUACACGUUUAUAAUUUUUAUUUCAGUAAAAUGGAUUUUACUGGCAAAGUAGUACUUAUAACUGGAGCUAGUUCGGGUUUCGGUGCCACCACUGCUGUAUAUUUUGCAAAACUGUCCGCUAAACUAGCACUUGUUGGGCGAAAUGAAAAAAACCUGUUAGAGACAGUCGCAAUGUGUGAAAAGGAAAAAGGUUUUAAGCCUUUAGCUAUUGUUGCGGAUAUUACGAAGGAAGCCGAUGUGGAAAGAAUUAUAAAAGAAACAUUAGACCACUUCAAGCAACUGGACGUGUUAGUCAAUAAUUCUGGAAUUUCAAAAAGCGGUGGAAUCAAAUCUCUAACUAUGGAAUCAUAUGAUACUGUAAUGAACACCAAUGUACGAGGUACCUUCUAUCUCACAUCAUUAGCAGUACCACAUCUGAUAAAGACAAAAGGAAAUAUCGUUACAGUAUCAAGUAUAACUUCAUCGCAGUCUAUACCAAAUAUGACAGUAUACACAAUGUCAAAGGCUGCGCUGGAUCAGUUUACCAGAAAUCUCGCUGUAGAAUUAGGACCAGAUGGUGUACGAGCAAACUGCGUUAAUCCAGGUUUAGCUAAAACUAAUAUAGUUAGUCGAAUGGGCUAUACGGACGAUCAGUGUAAUGCAUUAUUUGAAAAAAUGGUAAAGGAAACACCUUUGGGAAGAUUAACUGAACCCAUUGAUGUGGCUGCUUUAAUUAGUUUUCUAGCAAGUGAUCUGGCUAAAAGUAUUACCGGUGCCACACAUUCAAUCGACGCAGGAAGGUAUUUGUAAAACUAUUAAAUUUCACUUGCCCGGGGAUGAUAUUUAAGGAAUGACAUACCGUUUCUUAUAGAACUUUAAUACAGUUACAGUUUACAAUAUCUAAAUAAUAUAUAAAUAUAUAUUAAUAACAUUUUCUUUUUAUGUUUAAAGAAAUGCUUGUAUUUUGGAUGUUUGCCUUGUAUUUAUAUAAACUCUCUUACUUCAACAAUGUAUCAGAAUAAUAAUAAUGUCCUAUAUUUUAU